AUGUUGAUUCUUGCUUUUGAAAUUAUCAUAUGUGCUUUCUUAAUUAUUGGUUUGAUAGUAGUAUUGAUGUUUUGUUACAAUGUGCCGUCAAAGAAGUCCAACGAUGAAAAACAUGAAAAGAUUGAUUUUUUACCAAUCACGGCUAAUGAAACAUUGUUAGUACAAAGUACAUUGAUGGCGUAUUAUGAACAACAACGAAAUGAAUUGAUAGAGCGACAGAAAGUGAUUAAAGAUCAAUCUAUUAUGGAUAUUACCAAUAUGAAAAUAAAUGAUUCAUGUUAUUCAUCGAUACCUUCACCAUCUGACACUCCUCAUUCAGUUUAUGAAUGCAGCGGUUUUGCUUCUAUGGAUAACCUCGAAGUACCAAAUCCGCUAUUUUCAACUGACAUGUCCAAUGAUCUUGAACGGCAAUCAACAGCAUCAUUCGUAACAGCUAAAUAG